AUGCGCGUCAACGUCGCUUUCGGCAUCAUGCUCAGCUUCGCCAUGCUUGAGAUGAUUCUCCUUCAGGCUGUUGUGCUUGUUAACGGACAUGCGCAUGCUAUUACCAAGCCUGCUUUCCUGCCCACCGAAGUGAGUGGAGGAUUCGGAAGCCAACUCGGAAAGAGGGGCGCAAGCAACCAUGUCUGCAACAUUGGUGGCCAACUCGCCUGCCAAACUGACAAUUACUGCAUUGCUGACGACUAUGGAUUUGUUGCCUGCUGUCCAGAUGGCGAGGACUGCCGGCCUCCCACGACUUGUGUCGCCGCAACGGAUGCCGUAAACACGCCAUGCGACGCUGAACUUGGCUGUCUCGUCUGCAACACGCCACCCGAUUCAGAGUGCGUUCGGAUGUACAAUGUCCGGUUCACCAUCAUCAAUUUUUACUGCGAUUCUUAUUCUACAAUAUUCAGCAUGAGUUUGACGGAGGGCUUGGUUUCGACCAUCCAGAAAUGGCCUCCUCACACCACUACCACCACUUCACUAUCGGAGAAGCCAUCUGGUGAACAAACGCCAUCCAUUCCAGCUUCCACCAGCACGGAUACCUCUCAGGAUGGGAUGGUGACAAGAAUAAGUUCUACGUGGACAACAACCCGUAUCAUCACGGGAAACCCAUCUCCUCUCGGAGCAGGUGUCUCACUGGUCACGAUAACGAUCAUCAACCAGCCCACGCAGGCUACUCCGUCGUCCACGAAUGGCACGCCCGAUUCAGGCACCGGGGCCGAUGAUGGACCCUCGCACCCUGGCACCGGCACAAAAGUAGGCGCAGCCAUCGGAGCCAUCAGCAUCUGCGUCCUCAUCGGAGUCGGCGCAUGGUUCGCGUACCGCUGUCUCCUCAGCACGCGGAAGCCCGAUCCGACCGCCCCGCCGCCGCAGGCUCCCAGCGCCGGCACCGACCACCGCCCGGACGCCGUCGAGCUGGAGGCGGUCGGCUCGCAAAGGGCAGAACUCGACCACGCUGCUCCCGCUCCCGCUCCCGCCCCCGUUCCCCGCUCGGAGAUGGACGCGUCCCCGCGCCCGUCGGAGCUCGACUCGUCCGCGCGCGUCGAGCUCGAAUCGCCGCCCGUCUCCCCGCUGCCUCUCGUCGGCAAUGGCGGUUCUUCUCCCGCCAUCGGCCACGGCCGUUCUCCGGUCUCUCCGCUGGAGAGCUGCGGUCCCGUCUCGGAGGAGGCGGCUCCGGCUGGUGCCAGGGGCCCCCCCGCCGACGCCGGAAGGUACGGUCCGGGAGGGUUCCUGAACCCGGAGUACGCUCUCCGGGACGGGCUGUUCUCCCUCGAGGAUGACAGGCAAGUCGAAGAGAACGGGUUCCCCAAUGAAUGA